UAAUUAUUCACUCAGAAAGCGUCACUCCUUUCGCUUAGCUACAAACUACCUGAAACUCUCUUCUACAUCUCUGUGAGACCUUCAAAGCAUAAGAAGAAUAUAAAACAAGUUUAACUGCAACAUCAUGAGUGACGAUUCGAGUGAUGCUUUGAGGAGGAGAAGAGAAAGACGCGAGAGAAUGGCCAGAGAUAUGGAAGAUUCAAAGAAUGACGAGGACGACGCCGCUGCCCGACGAGAACAGAGACGAAAAGAAAGAGAAGCUCGCAGAAAGGAACGUGAAAGCGAGGCUGCUGCAGACGAGGAAUCCGCUCGAUCGCGCCGUCGUCGAAAAGAAGAGAGAGAAGAGGAGUCGUCACGCAGCUCAGGAAAAGAUACGGACUACACUGACAGCGCUUCAGCACGUCGUCGCCGCGAAAGAGAGAGAGAAGAGCAAGAGCAAGCCGAGCGCCGACGUCAAGAACAAGAAGAAGAGGAACGACGAGAGCGCGAACGUCGCGACCGAGAGGAGCGCGAGGCUGAGGAACGYCGUCAAAAAGAGGAAGAAGAGAGAGCUGAGAGGCGCAGACGAGAGAAAGAACGAGAUGCAUCUGACAGACGCAGACGUGGCAAAGAAAGAGAAGACGAUUAUUACAGCUCUCGACGCGGUUAUAGAGAGGAAGCUGAACAGCAAAAUGAUGACGCGGCUGAAGAGGAAGAUGGCGAAGUUGAGACUAUCUUUGAUACCAUGUCUCCACAGAAAAAAGCUUCAAUCUUGGAGGGUCUUGCCGAUGAGUUCCGUCGYAUCGUUGAGGAACGUGAAUCAAAAGGACAGAUGGUGUCAGUAUCAGCAGCAGAACUUGACGAGCUGGAUCUUAAAGUACGUUCAUUACGAACCCAGGUCAGAAAAAGCGAGGAGACAAACAACCAGUUAACAAAGCAGAAACGAGAAAUUGAUGAGAAACUGAAGAAGAAUGAGAAUGAGCUGAACAGACUACGCACCGAUUUACAAAAGGCUGAGGCUGAGAACGAGCUGGCCAUCAAAGAAGGAAAGAAAGUCGCACCUAAACUUCCAACUGCAAGAGGCGCCAAGAAAGCUUCACCAUGGGGUGGAUUCGUCAACGUGGUCCGUAAGGCUCAGGCCGCCGCCUGGGAAGACAAAUUUAAAGCUAUGAAAGCCAAACAGAAGGGAUCYGAGCCUAAACCCGAAUGGAUGACUAAAGUCAAGAAACCCGAGAAUCCUCUAAUUGGUAUCGGCAAAAAACCAGCCGCCGCUGCACAGAAACCUGCCGAGAAGAAGCCSGAAUGGGCUCAAUCCAAGCUGAAGAAAGGAGGAGGUGGUGCACCAGCUGAAAAAGAAAAAUCUGAGAAGAGACCUGAUUGGUCAGCUCGUUCACUCAAGAAAUCCGAGAAGCCUGGUCAUGGUGGCGAUGACGAACAGACGCCAUCAAGAAGACAAGACUGGAGGGAGGGCUUGAAGUCUGGCAAAUAGACUUUCUGAUAUGAACCUUUAGAAUUACUUUUUCUUAUUGUGAUUUUGUUAGAUUGAAAACCAAGGACAAAAACAAUGAAAAAACCUUGUAGCGUGUUGUAUGUCUGUAUCAGUCCCUCACGACGGAUUCUAGUAAAGAGGAGUCUAGUAACAAGUUAAUACCCGGCAAGCUUUGCAGGAUUUUUCACGAAUAUAUCUUCCUGUGCCCACCCCUGUUAGGCACAGUAGUGAUAGUCAGGGCAAGGCGUAUUUAGAAUAACAAACAAUUCCUAUUUUUAGAAAAUUUAUUUUUUAUUUUUCAAACGUCCUCGAAAUGUUCAAAUCRCUUCAGCAUGAAUUAGGAUAAAUUAGYAUAAUUAUAUCUUAAUGCCUUCAUGGUGGCAGAGUUUGGCAUUUCCAUGAUGUCACUUUUAUUUUUGUAUACCGCUGAAAAAGUAUUUUUAUAAGAAUAUUUUAAGGAACUCAAGAUGUGUAUAUGGCAAGCAUGGAGUGUCGCUGGCUCAAGUGUUUUGUUUAAUUAUGCUGAUGUUGUCAAUAAAAUCCAAUUUCCUGUUUCUUGUA